UAUCUACCUUGGCUGUCACUGCGAUAUCUAUUACGACUCCGUCACUCAGCGGUACAGCAUGCUUUCCAACAUCUGCAGAAUCCAGGCUCGAAGCCUAAGCCUAUCUACUAUGAACCGCAUUAAACAUGUAACUGUAAUUGGCGGAGGGUUGAUGGGAAGUGGAAUUGCACAGGUUGCUGCCACUACUGGACACAGUGUUACCCUCAUUGACCAGAAGGAUGAGUUGCUUGCUAAAUCAACUGCUGGUAUCGAAAAGAGCUUGGCCAGAGUGGCAAAGAAAAAGUUUUCUGAUGACCCUGAGGGUGGCAAGAAGUUUAUAUCAGACAUCAUGUCUCGUAUCAGCACUCACACAAAUCCUAUUCCUGUUAUGAAAGAUACGGAUCUUGUUAUUGAGGCUAUUAUAGAAAAUAUUGGCAUCAAGCAGAAACUGUUUGCAGAACUCGAUGCAGCAGCACCACAGAAUGUGAUAUUUACCAGUAAUACAUCGUCUCUUCCUAUCAAAGAUAUUUCUGCUACAACUAAAAGACAGGAUCGCUUUGGUGGAUUGCAUUUCUUUAAUCCUGUUCCAAUGAUGAAACUUCUUGAGGUGGUAAAAACUGAUCAGACAUCAGAUGAAACCUUUCAAUCUUUGUUGGAUUUUGGUAAGGCCAUGAAGAAGACGACUGUGAAAUGUAAGGACACUCCUGGUUUUAUUGUCAACAGACUUUUGGUACCUUAUCUGAUGGAAGCAACUCGUUUGAUAGAGAGAGGUGAUGCAAGUCCUGAAGAUGUUGAUAUUGCCAUGAAACUUGGUGCUGGUUAUCCUAUGGGUCCUUUUGAAUUAUCAGAUUAUGUUGGUCUGGAUACUUGCAAAUUUAUUCUGGAUGGUUGGCAUGAAGCUUACCCAGAUAAUGAAUUAUUUAAACCAUGUGAAUUCUUGAACAAGCUGGUAGCUGAAGGUAAACUUGGACGUAAGUCAGGAGAAGGAUAUUACAAAUAUAACUGAUAAUCAGGGCUCUUGAUUGUAGUCAGUUAUUAUUUUUACUUUCUUUUAAAAAAAAAAA